CCUCGCUAGGCGCCCCAACGCGGGGUCCUUCCCUUUCCUCUUCCCCCUCGAGGCCUACACGUGCGGGAGCAGCCUGCGUUUUCCUAGCGACUGAGGCUGGAAGGAUGGCGGCAUGCGAGGGAAGGAAGAGGAAGGGGCGCCCGAGCAAGACCCCGGAGGGUGCCAUUAAAAGGAGCCUGGAUCCUCCGCAGGAAGUGGUUCCCCCAAAGAGGAAGCUUCCUUCGCCCCAAAGGAAGAGGAAGAGGAAGGGCAUGCUUUUGCCCCAGGGCUCCAGACCGCCAGCCUCUGCUUUGAAGAAGCCCCCAAACGAAGGGAAAGGAAGCAAGGACAACGGAGGCAGCAGUACUGUGAAAACCUCCAGCCUCUUCCGGAAUAAUCCCGAAAUUCCCGAGAUCAAGAGAAUCCCGGUGCAGCAAGUGCAGGAGAAGGUCUUCACCUCGGACUCCUUUGACCAGCUGGGCCUCCAUCCACACCUGGUUUCAACAAUCACCUCUGUCCUGAAACUGUCCAGCUUGACCAGCAUCCAGAAGCAGGCAAUUCCCGUCCUCUUGCAAGGGAGAGACGCCCUGGUGAGGUCCCAGACUGGCUCAGGCAAAACGCUGGCCUAUGGGAUCCCUUUGGUGCAGUCUUUGCAAGGCCUGGAGCCCAAGAUUCAGCGCAGCGAUGGGCCCUACGCGCUCAUACUGGUUCCCACCCGAGAGCUGGCCCUUCAGAGCUUUGAGACCAUCCAGAAGUUGUUGAAGCCCUUCACCUGGAUCGUGCCUGGCGUCUUGAUGGGAGGAGAGAAGAAGAAGUCGGAGAAAGCCAGGCUGCGCAAGGGGAUCAAUGUGCUGGUGGCGACCCCCGGGCGGCUGCUGGACCACCUCCGCUCCACGCAGUGCCUUCACUUUCGCCGCCUCAAGUGGCUGGUCCUGGAUGAGGCCGACAGGAUCCUGGACUUGGGCUUUGAGAAGGCGGUGGCCACCCUCCUGACCGCGCUUAACGCCCAGGGUCCCCCCCGGCAGAACGUCCUCCUCUCGGCCACCUUGACCCAAGGCAUCUCCCGGCUGUCGGCCAUCAGCCUGCGGGACCCGGCCUGCAUUUCGGCAGACACACAGGAGGUGGAGGCGGUGCCGGUGGUGCCGGCGGAGGGGGAGCUGCUGGGGGGCCGCUUUGCCAUCCCGGAGGGGCUGCGUCAGGAGGUGGUGGUGGUCCCGCUCAAGCUGCGCCUGGUGACGCUGGCCGGCUUCCUCCUGGGGAAGGGCCAGUUUGAGCAGGGCCAGAAAGUGGUGGUCUUCUUCUCUAGCUGCGACCAAGUGGACUUCCACUGCGGCCUCUUCCGGAAGGUCCUGGCCUCCGGGCGGUCAAGCCCACCUACGCCCGGCCUGCGCUUCCUCCCUCUGCACGGGGACAUGCCGCAGCAAGAGAGGACGUCCGUCUUCCAGGACUUCCUGAGUUUGGAGAGUGGUGUUCUGCUCUGUACCGUAAGUCCCCGAACGUCCUGCUUGCGACCAAGUGCAAACGGCCCCAAAGCCCGCCCGCCCUUGAGGGUCCUGAGUUCAGGGCCGGACACUUCACAGAAGCAGCAGCAGCUGUCGUCCGGUUGCAGGCGGUGUAAAUUACAGCCAUCAGGAGGCAUUAGAGCUGAGAAGCGCUGGAUGACCGCCCUCCGUCUCCACGCAAAAGGCCGUCCAGCAAAGUUUCCGUGUGCACCCCCGUCCCCUACUCUCAAGGGGGGAGUUGGCACCGGCCGCUUCCUCCACCUUCUCCUUCCGCGUGUCCGGCUCGGUCGGGCUAAUGCGCGCUGCCACUUUCCUGGCCCGGCGCUUGGCCCCGUCCCGCGGCCCAAGCUGUCCCUCUUUCCCGGUUGGGACAUGCGAGGCAUUGUGUGUUUUGCAUUGACCCCCUUCUUCUUCCCCCUUUCUUCCUCCCGGAAGUACAGCCCCCCCUCCUCGCUGGAGGGCUACAUCCACCGUGUGGGGCGCACGGCGCGCAUGGGCGGCCAGGGGAGCAGCCUACUCUUCCUCUCUCCCUCCGAGACGCCCUUCCUCCACUUCCUGGCUUCCCAUCACAUCCCGAUCUCAGAGGUGAAGAUGGAAAGCAUCUUGUCCUUCCUGAUGAAAGAUGACCGCUUCAAGGGCAGCCAGUGGGGAAACAAGAAGCCGCACGGGCCGGAUCCGCAGGAAUGGCGCCGAAGGGCCACCGCCAUGCAGACAGCCUUUGAGGGCCUGGUCCACUCUUCCGCAGACAGCGUUCGGCGGGCAAAGACAGCACUGCAGUCCUUCAUCCGCGCUUACGCCGCGUUCCCUUCUUCCUUGCGGACCAUCUUCUGCCUGCGCUCCCUCCACCUGGGACACCUGGCCAAGAGCUUCGGCCUCCGAGACGCACCAGGCAACCUCAGCGCCUCCAUUGCGCCCCAGAAGCAAGGCAAGAAGCAGGAGAAGAGGAAAAGGGACCUUGGGAGGCAGUCUGGCCCCCGGCGCAUCCGCUUCUCCGAAAUGCUUCGCUCUGAAUACAUGAGCGGAUUGGAUCCUGUUUCCUCCCAGCGGAAGAAGAGGAAGCGGAAGCAGGAGGAGGAGGAAGAGGAGCAAAGGUGACCCAGGUGGGCCUUUCCCAAUGGGAAGAAGCCCCUUCAAGAUGGACAAUCCCAUAUUAAAUCUCAAAAUUAAAGCCAUUCAUCAUUGUUUUGAA